AUGGAAGCACGUACCCAGGGCCGGCAGGUGGACCCAUACUCUGGCCCGUUGCUGGUGCUUCUCGGACCUGCUAUUGGUCAGACCGAUACCAUGUUCGGCAAGCAGAUUCAGAAGCGUCAGCUUGAAGUUCCAGAGUAUGCCGCUAGUUUUGUAAACUACAAGGCUCUCAAAAAGCUGAUCAAGAAAUUGUCGGCUACGCCCACGCUGAGCGCACAACAUGACCCUCUCCGCUCCGCAAUAUCUAUAGACUCCCAGGCUGCCCUUCAGGCCAACAAGGCCACAUUUUUUUUCCAAUUGGAACGAGAGCUCGAAAAGGUCAACGCCUUUUACCUACAAAAGGAGGCAGAGCUCAAGGUGCGACUGAAGACUCUUCUCGACAAGAAGAAGGUGUUGCAGUCUCGCAAUGGUGUUUCCAGACGUUCGGCCAAGUUCACAACUCUCGAAGAGGGCUUCCAACAGUUUGCCAGCGACUUGAACAAGCUGCAACAAUUUGUUGAGAUCAACGGGACUGCUUUCUCCAAGAUCCUCAAAAAGUGGGACAAGACGUCAAAGUCGAAAACCAAAGAACUCUACCUAUCCAGAGCAGUCGAGGUCCAGCCCUUCUUCAAUGCCACCGUCAUUAGCGAACUAUCCGACCAGGCCACUACUAGUCUCCAAGAGCUGGGGGCUUGGGCCGAGGGUGACAAUGUCAGCUUCGAGCCUCGUAGUGAUCAUAUCGUGAGCAGCCAGCAUCUACUCGGAACCGACGAAGGUGAUGCGGAUACACUACUCCUCGACACGGUCAUUUCAGGGAACCUCGAGGCUUUGAGGGAUCUCCUGAUUCGAAUGCGGACGGCUGCUAGCUCGUCCUCAGGCUCUGACAUCUCUCUGAUGGAGAGAGUGACUAGAACGUUCCUCGCUGCCAUUCACGAAGCGCCUAAAGAGACUCUACAGGCUCUCCUCGAUACGGGCUUGGUCGACAUACAGUCAGAGGACGACAUUAACGAACGAAAUUGCCUGCACCAAGCCGCCAUCUACGGGAACUCGUUUGUCCUUGAAUACGGCCUGGCAAAAGGUGUUGCUGUCAGUCGUACCGAUGUGUAUGGCAGAGUGCCGCUGCACUAUGCCAGUAUGCAUGGACGAUUGGACAUGCUCGACGCCCUGACUAGUGCGGAUACUUCAACGAUAGAUUUGAUCGACCAUGAUAACUUUACCCCUCUGGUACACUCAAUCAUUCACGGCCACCUUCAGUGCGUCGAACGACUGCUAGCAAAGUCCGCUCGAAUCGACCCUGUCUCUGACGCAGACCAUGUACCGUUGAACCUUGCCUGCGAGCAUGGUUCGUUGGCAAUCGUGGAAAUGCUCCUCCAGCAUGGAGCACAGAUCGUUCCCGACGCUGAAGGACUCUAUCCCCAACACCUUGUUGCUCGGUCAGGCCAAAGGCCAGAGCUUCUCCUUUUGCUCAAGAACUUUGGAGCAAAUCUCGAUCAGGUUGAUAAGUUGUACGGUUGGACGCCCCUGGUUCAUGCCGCGAGCGAAGGCAACGUUCCCUGCCUCCAAGGGUUACUGGACGUCGGAGCAGACCCCAACAUCGUCGACGAAAAGGACCUGCCAGCAAUGUAUUACGCUGUCUGGGAAGGCCACCUCGAAUGCAUGCAAUUGCUUGCACCGUACAACGCAAGAACGAAGGCGAGCCCCAUGAUCAUGCAGCCCGGAUUGGGACCAAUGAUGAGCAGCGGGCCCGACCCGAUGGCCCUUGACCCGGAUGCCAUCCCUGAACUUGAGCUGCCGCCGCCGAUCAUACCGUUGCGCCGGUACGGACACAACUUCCUGGACACCAAGACGGUCAUUCAGAUCAGUUUCGAGGAAAAUGGGGACCAACCCCUAGUGUUCUUCCACGACGGGAAGUACCCUGCCGCCCGACUCACCAUUUCAUCAAAGGUUUCGGAUCUCAUCCCGAAGAAUAUUAUGCUGCCUUUCCAAGAAGAUACCCGUAUUGUUUCCUUUCAAAUCGACAAUUUGGAGUCAUUUACACUCGAUUUCGACGUUUUCCCUACCUACGGCGCGAAGAUCAUUGCGAAGACGGUGGCCCUUCCCAAUACCUUCAAGGCGCUGCUUAGUAGCUCUGGGAAGUGCUGUCUCCCCCUGUUCGAUCCAAGGCUACGAGCAAUUGGCCAGAUCAGCUUCCACACUCAGGUCAUCAAGCCGUUCAACGGUAAGCCACUCGAGAUUACGGAUUUCGAAACGUACUGGAAGGCAACAAGCCAAUUCGACCGCAGUCCAAGCACAUUUGUGACUGGUUCGAGUUUGUCAGGUGACUUUGUCCAACUCUUCGUUCAGCACACCAGCGAUGGUGUACCUGUCUUGUGGCCGAGAUGGACGAUACCAUGUGGUGGAAUUGACCUGCCCAUCUCAAGAUUGACAAUGGAGCAGUUCAAUACGAUCACGUCAAAGAGCCCUAGCAGAGCCGAACUGGCAUCAUUACCAACAAGGCCUCUGGACGCAAUUGCGGACGUCCAUCGGGUUCUUGCGACAGCGGGUAUCCCUCUCAACGAGGCGCUGGCUCUGCUCCCGCAUGGCAUGCAUGUCAACAUCCAGAUUUUGUAUCCGUCACUGGACGAGGAAAGGUCACUGGGUCUGGGCCCGUCGUUGGACCUGAACACAUUCGUUGACUCUCUUCUCACUAAUGUGUUUGAUCACGCCCGCGCUCAGCGAGCUCAGUCGCUCGAGUCGGUCCGUUCUGUGGUGUUCAGUUCAUAUAACCCGAGCAUGUGCACAGCACUCAACUGGAAGCAGCCAAACUUCCCCGUGUUCCUGUGCAACGAUCUGGGACGGGAGGAUGUCAUGGCGCCGCCGGACAUCAUCCAGAGCCACGGCAGAAGAUCUGCAUCAAUCAAGGAGGUGGUUCGGGUUGCGCAAGGCAACAACUUUAUGGGCUUAAUUUGCUGCUCACGGCUUUUGGAGAUGGUCCCCGCCCUGGUGGACGCCAUCAAGUCACACGGUCUUGCACUGGUCACAGACAAGUCACUGGAUCCGUCGUCGACAAAUUCUCUGACAGAUCCGUUCCCGCGACUGCCAAAGGGAGUGGACGGUGUCCUGAAAAGCCACGGUGUCUUGCGCUUCAACGAAUCCAUAGAUGUGUAG